AAGACCCUUUUUUUCUUCUUGGUUUAGGUUGUUACAAAAUUUUUGAGCUUUUUAGUUGAUCUCUGUUAAAAAAGAAAGUGGGGAUUGGAUUUGGGCAAAAGUGUAGAUUUUGGUAAGAUGGGUAUGGGUUAUUUUCACUUGGAAAGUUGAAAGAUACGUACAUACAUAUAUAAAAAAUUACUUUUUUUUGGGGCGUUGAAUGAGAUCGGUAGUCCUUUUUUUUUCUGCUAAAGGUUUGUUCUUGACCUAUUAUUGGCUUCCUUGUUGUUUCCAUCUUGCUUUUUGGUGAACAAAAAGGUUCACCCUUGAUUCUUGGUGUUGGCUGCUAAUAUAUAAACACUUGGAGGAAGUGAAAAACCAAUACUUGAUUGUUGUGGCUGAAUAGGAAGAUUGAAAGAUUUUGGAUUUGUGUUUUAGAUUCUUAGAUUUAGGAAGCUGUGUUUAUUUUUAUAGAUCUUGAAUUGUGGCAGAUUUGAUUUUGCUGUCUUUGCGAAGUAAUUGGCUUUAGGAAUUAUAGAUGUGAUUUGAAUUGGUUGAAUACAAAAGUUUAUAUGUUGGGGGUUUGGGAAGUUUGACAUUUUAGUUGUAUGGAUUGAACUAGUAGUUACCUGAGUGGCAAUGUUAAGAGCAUUAGCUCUUGGCUUGUUGAUUUCUUUUUUGGCAGUCUCGGUUUCGGGUACUGAUAAUGAGUUUGCAGCUUGUAACUGUGAUGAUGAGGGCUUUUGGAGUGUUCAUAGCAUUUUAGAGUGCCAGAAGGUGAGUGAUUUCUUCAUUGCCGUGGCGUAUUUCUCGAUACCUAUCGAGUUGCUUUACUUCAUCAGUUGUUCGAACGUCCCCUUCAAAUGGGUCCUUGUUCAGUUUAUAGCUUUUAUAGUGCUUUGUGGAUUGGCUCAUCUUCUCAAUGGAUGGACUUAUUAUGGUCCCCACUCAUUCCAAUUGAUGCUGUCCCUUACCAUUGCCAAAUUGCUUACCGCUCUCGUCUCGUGUGCCACCGCGAUAACGUUAUUGACUCUGAUCCCUCUCUUGCUCAAAGUUAAAGUGAGGGAGGUUUUCUUGAGGCAAAAUGUGCUGGAAUUGGAUCAAGAGGUUGACAUGAUGAAAAGGAAGAAGGAAGCCAGUUCACACGUUCGGAUGUUAACGCAGGAAAUCAGGAAAUCGUUAGAUAAACAUACCAUAUUGUACACCACUUUGGUUGAGCUUUCUAAGACUUUGGAUUUGAUCAACUGUGCCGUGUGGAUGCCGAAUGAGAAUGGAACACAGAUGAACUUGACUCAUGAGUUGAAAACAAGCUCUUCGAGGAGUUUUCACCAAUCUAUCCCGAUGAGUGAUCCUGAUGUGAAGGAGAUAAAGGGAGUGAGGAUCUUGAGACUAGACUCCGCACUUGGGCUUGCGAGUGGUAGUGAAUCAGAUGAGGCAGGUGCCAUUGCAGCAAUCAGGAUGCCAAUGCUUCAAGGUUUUAAUUUUAAAGGGGGAACGCCAGAAUUGGUGGAGACAAGCUAUGCCAUUCUGAUAUUGGUUCUUCCAAGCACGAACUCUAGGAAUUGGAGCUAUCCAGAAAUGGAGAUCAUUGAAGUGGUUGCUGAUCAGGUGGCUGUAGCUCUAUCCCAUGCUGCUGUUCUCGAAGAAUCUCAACGAAUGAGAGAAAAACUGAGCCAGCAGAAUCAAGUGUUGCAGCAGGAAAGGCAGAAUGCAAUGAUGGCCAACCAAGCGAGGAACUCUUUUCAGAAAGUAAUGAGUCAUGGUAUGAAAAGACCAAUGCACUCGAUUUUGGGCUUACUUUCAGUGUUUCAAGAUGAAAAUAUGAACUUCAAGCAGAAGACUAUUGUUGACACAUUGGUCAAAACAAGCAGUGUUCUUUCAACUUUGAUCAAUGAUGUGAUGGAGAUUUCGGCAAAAGAUAACGGAAUGAAUGCGGUUCUUCAGAAACCUGUCUUAUUGCAAGCAAUGGCGGUCGAGCUUCAAAGAAUUUUGCGUCGGUAAGGGGAAGGGAUUUGAGGAGCCACUCGUACUCGGGCCAACCCUUUGUGGGCAGAACCUCCAAUUGGAUGCUUGGCCCGCAGGUAUGGGGAUCGGUUACCGGUCGGCUCACAGAGAUCUUUAACUUAGUAUUUGCAUUCUGUCAUUCCAUGGUAUACAAACAUGUAGGCAGUGAAUUUUGCUAACCGAUUUGCUCAUCGAACAUCGUAGCCGGAACUCCAUGGAACGAAUCAAGGUAAAAUUACAUGUACACUUACUGAAUACCAAAAUGAAAGCUAGUGUGAUAUUUAUGACACUGAAAAAUGUAUGGACAGUA